CGGGAACAAGAGGAACCAGAACCUCUGCAGAUAAAAGAGGAACAAGAGGAACCAGAACCUCUGCAGAUAAAAUGGGAACAAGAGGAACCAGAACCUCUGCAGAUAAAAGAGGAACAAGAGGAACCAGAACAUCAACAGUUCAAAGACGAAGAGAAGCAACUCUGCAUCAGUCAGGAUGAAGAGCAUCUUGUGCUGAAACAGGAGACUGAUGACAUGUUGGUGAACAAACAGCAGAAAGGCACAACUGAGACUUCAGAAAAAGAAAAACACAAGAAAACUCAACCAAACCAAAAUCUAUAUUCUUGUAAAAUUUGUGAUAAAACCUUUUCUCGAAAUAAUUCCUUCAUGAUACACGUGAGAACUCACACGGCCAAGAAAUCUUUCACAUGUUCAACCUGUGGAAAAGGAUACCCUCACAAGAGUCGUUUAACUAAUCACAUGAGAAUUCAUACAGGUGAAAAACCGUUCACAUGUGCAGCUUGUGGAAAAAGUUUCCAUCAGAUUGGCAUUUUAAACAGACACAUAAGAAUUCACUCAGGUGAGAAGCCUUACACGUGCGCAACCUGUGGAAAAAGUUUUGCGUCUAAAUCUCAGUUACUUGAUCACAUGACGAUUCAUACAGGUGAGAAGCCUUUCUCAUGUGGGAACUGUGGAAAAAGUUUCCGGAGGAAACCUCACUUGGUUAGUCACAUGAGAGUUCACAAAGGUGAGAAGCCGUUCUCAUGUGGGACCUGUGGAAAAUGUUUCGCUCAUAAAAAAAGUUUAACUGUUCACAUGAGAGUUCACACUGGUGAGAAGGGGAUCACUUGUAGCACCUGUGGAAGAAAUUGCUUGAAUAAAUCUCACUUAGUUGAUCACAUGAGAACUCACGCAGGUGAGAAGGCUUUCUCAUGUGGGACCUGUGGAAAAGGUUUCACUCAUAAAAAAAGUUUAACUGCUCACAUGAGAUUUCACACAGGUGAGAAGACGAUCUCUUGUGGUAUCUGUGGAAAAAAUUGCUUGUUUAAAUCUCAGUUAGUUGAUCACAUGAGAAGUCACACAGGUGAGAAGCCUUUCUCAUGUGGAACUUGUGGAAAAAGUUUCACUUAUAAAAAAAGUUUAAAUAUUCACAUGAGAAUUCACACUGGAGAGAAGCCUUUCUCAUGUGAGAUCUGUGGAAAAGGUUUUACUCAUAAAAAAAGCUUAACUGCUCACAUGAUAAUUCAUACAGAUGAGAAGCCGUUCUCUUGUGGAACCUGUGGAAAAUGUUUUGCUGUAAAACACCUUUUACAUUUUCACAUGAAGACUCACACAGGUGAGAAUUCUUUCUCAUGUGGGACCUGUGGAAAAUGUUUUCCUUUUAAGUCAUUUUUACUUCAUCACAUGAAGAGUCACACAAGAGAGAAGUCUUUCUCCUGUGGGAUCUGUGGGAAAAGUUUCACUAAAAAAUACCUUUUAACUUCUCACAUCAGAAUUCACACAUGUGAGUAGUAGCUAUGCAUUGAUUUAUCAGCCAGCCGAUUAAUCUAUGUUGAUUUCCUUAAUUUUGGGACAUUGGUGAUCAGCAGAAACAUGCAUGUGAAGCCGAUCUGAUCCCCCAAUUUUAUUGACCUGAGCUUUUGUCUUCUGCUCCGUUGAGAGGUUUGACUAUUAGACCGGCCCACCAGGUCAUGUCUGCACUUUUGCAAUCGGUGCACCCUUAGUGAAAAGUGAGGAAAAUGUUUUGUGUGUAGAUCCAGUUUACGUCAUCACAGGAAGAUUCACACGGGUUAGAAGCCUUUCUUUUGUAGGUCCUGUAGAAAAAGUUUCACUCAUUAGAAAUGUAACCGUUCACAUGAGAACUCACGCAGGUUUGAUGGCACAAUGUGAACCUCAAGUAAGAUUCUCAGUAACUUGCUGUUUGGAAGUGGAGUAACUGCAACCGACACAUUUUGUUCUCGCAAUUUUAUAUUUCCAUUUUAUUUAAUGAGACUA